UUCGCCGCAGUGCUUGUUUUCAGAGCUAACAAAGGAAUCCACAGAGAAAAAGGAAAGAAAGAAAGAAGAUAUAUAUCUCUCUCUCUCUUCUGUUUCGACGCUCUAAGAUUCUUAUUCUUCACUUCAGGUGUGCUAUUUUACACCGGGUUCCACUUCAGUUCUGAUAUCAGAUUCGCUAAAUUCUCACCACGAUUGACAUUUUGGAGCCAAACCGCUUAAUUCUUCAAGUUUCUUUUUACGGAAAUCAAUCAUGCGAGUUUCCUUUGAUGUAAACAAGCUAAGCCAUCUAUCGUCUCGUGCAGAAUUGUGAUUGUUGAUUACGAACGGAGAGCUUAGAUUAAUAUAGGAACUUGGAGAAGAAAAUUGAGUAGGUGCGAUUGUGAUCUUAAGCUUGCUUUGGACUUGAAUCUAAACCAAGGAGCGAAGAAAACAACGGUUUCUGUUAAAUUCGGAUCUGAGGAUCUUCCAUCAGCGAGAUAGUGAGAUCCAAGCUUCAAGCUCUCAAUUCCAGCGCUGUCUUACGAAUUAAAGCCUUUUUCACGUGGUAACGGAAUUGGAUUCUAUGUGAAUUCAGAUUCUGGAAGAUUGAAAUUCAAAAUUCCGUUGAAUUUCCUGGAAGGAAUAAGAGGACGACACGAAAGAGACGGAAAAGAAUAGCAAUAUUUUUCUGGUUUUGAUGAUGGAGCUUCCUCAAGCGCGGUCAUUUGGAACCGAAGGAAGAAAACCUACGCAUGACUUUCUGUCACUCUACAGUAAUUCAACUUCCCAACAAGAUCCACGACCACCUUCUCAAGGAAGCUACCUCAAGACCCAUGAUUUCUUGCGAGUAGAAACGAAAGCCAAUACAAAGGAAGAAGCCUCGGACGAGACAUCAUCGACGGUUCAAAAGCUACCACCUGCAGCACCACAACCUCCUCCUUCUGUUGAGAACCACCAGCACCUCUUACCGGGAGGGAUUGGAACUUACAGUAUUAGCCACAUUUCUUAUUUUAAUAAUAACAACAACAACAACAACAACAACAACAACAACAACAAUAAUAAUAAUAAUAAUAAUAAUAAUCAAAGGGUUCCAAAGCCAGAGGCACCCCUUUUCACUGUGCGUCAAGCAACUAGCACGGAUAGAAACGAUGAAAACUCCAACUGCAGUUCUUAUACCUCAAGUGGUUUCACUUUAUGGGAUGAGUCUGCAGUUAAAAAGGGAAAGACAGGGAAGGAGAAUAAUAUUGUGGGCGACAAGCUCAUUCCCGGAGAGACACAGUCUGCGAAGCAAGGGCAUUGGACGUCCACGGAGGGAACGCCACAGUCAUUUUCUAACAAUCGUCACAACAGCUUCAACUCUCGCUCUUCAUCUCAGACAACGGGACAGAGGAAUCAGAGUUUCAUAGAAAUGAUGAAGUCAGCAAAAGAUUGUGCCCAAGAUGAAGAGCUAGACAAUGAAGAAACAUACUUUCUUAAGAAAGAGUCCUCGAAUCCUGAAAGAGCAGAACUCAGGGUGAAAGUUGAUGGAAAGAGUACUGAUCAAAAGCCAAACACACCAAGGUCAAAACAUUCAGCAACAGAACAGCGGAGGAGGAGCAAAAUUAAUGACAGAUUCCAGAUGCUACGAGAGUUAAUUCCACACAGUGACCAAAAGAGAGACAAAGCAUCUUUUUUGCUCGAGGUCAUUGAGUAUAUUCAUUUCUUACAAGAGAAGGUGCAUAAGUAUGAAGGUUCAUUCCAAGGAUGGAACCACGAGCCAGAAAAACUGAUGCCAUGGAGGAAUAAUGACAAGCCAGCAGAGAGUUUUGAAGCUUGUGGCACAAAUAGCGGGUCAGGUCCAUCGCCAACCUUGCUCUUUGCUUCAAAGAUUGAUGAGAAAAAUAUCACUCUCUCCCCACCAAUUACUGGUAGUUCUCAGAAACUAGAACCUGGCUUGAACACAGCAACUCCCUUCAAGAACAUGGAUCAUCCUCCUGGAAUAACAAACACCACUUUCCCAAUUCCUAUUUCUUCACCGCCAAACUUCUUCCCUCCUAGAAAAAGCAUUGGUCUAGGCGAAAUGCCUCACGUCACACAUAGACUUCCAUCUGAUGCAGGGAAUGGCAUAUACCAACCUUCAGUGGAGUGUCAGACUGUGACUGCUACUAAUGAAAAGUUGAAAGAGAAAGAGCUAGCUAUUGAAGGUGGUGCCAUUAGCAUAUCAAGUGUAUACUCAAAAGGGUUGUUGGAUACACUUACACAUGCACUCCAGAGUUCGGGAGUGGAUUUGUCACAGGCUAGCAUCUCAGUGCAAAUUGAGCUUCGUAAGCAAGAAAACAUUAUCAGACCAACUCUGCCAAUGUCAAUGUGUGGCAUUAAGGGCGAUGAAGUUCCUUCUAACAAUCAAAGGAUGAUGCGCUCUAGAGUUGCUACCUCUGGGAAAUCUGACCAACCAGUAAAGAAGCUAAAGUCUUGCAAAACCUAAUUCUGCCCUCAUAUUAUUCAUUCUUUCCUUAUUAUAAUAAUCUUGAUAUUAAUUAUU